GCUGGGGGAAAUGAUCAAAAAGCCAGACAAGCCCCUGGAUGGACACGGCAGAACUUUCCACUCUAAUGCAUACACAGGUUCAUGCACAUGUGCUGGAACUGGACAUGCAGAAGACGCUCUCCAGACCUAUACGAGGUUGCUUAACCACUGUCUGAGGUGAUUGGGAGGAGUGGUUUGAUUCAACAUGUAUAAUGAACAUUUUGAAGAUUAAAAUGUCAUGGACAAGUCACAACCAUAGAAACCAUGCUUCUGAACCUGACCAAUGGGAGCUGCCAAAUCCCUCUGGCAAAUGACAGAGUAGGUCUGACCUACAUCUACAGCCUUGCCUUCUCUAUUGGUCUCCCAGCUAACCUGCUCUCCCUCUGGGGACUGUACCAGCUAGGCCGGUCUGGAGGAGGCGGCUGCCAGCUGGUCUAUAUCCUAAACUUACUGCUUUCAGAUCUUCUCCAGCUACUCACCUUGCCACUGUGGAUCCUCUACUUGCAGGGAGACCACCACUGGCCUUACGGGUCUGUGACCUGCCAGCUAGUGGGCUAUGUUUUCUAUGUUAACCUCUAUGCCAGUGUCAUUUUUCUUUGCCUCAUCGCCCUGGACCGCUGUCUAGCGAUCGUGUACCCUCUCAGCAGCCGUGGAGUACGGAAAGUGCGGGUGGCAGCAUUUUCUGGUGUAGCAGUCUGGACUUUGAUAUUUCUGUUCUGCCUGACUGGCCUCUACCCAUCUGUGUUCGAACCCCAGAGGGAGCUGUGUCUGGAGCAGUACCCUGUGAGCACCAGAUAUGCUUACUUUAAAAUCGCCACUGUCGCUUUAGGGUUUCUGAUGCCCUGCUCUAUUCUAGGGUACACCUCUGCCCGAAUCAGGCUGACUUUACGAAAUUCCCCAUCUGUCGCGGAUCACGAACGCCGCAGGAUUGUCGCAACCCUGGUUGUCAUCACUGUCAUCUUCAUAGUAAUUUUUGGUCCCUAUCAUCUGGUGGUUGGCUACAGAUUUGUCACCCUGCUUCUCACAGAAAGUGAAAAAGACCAGUGUUCGGUGGAAGUUUCUCUCUACCUUUACUAUCGAAUCUGCUACGGGCUCACCAGUCUCAACACCCUUCUAGACCCUCUUUUCUACAUCUUUCUUUGCAACGAUGCUCGUCAAGAGCUUCGCAGAUCUCUUCUCUGCCCGUGCCGGGGUCAUAAGGUGCACCAGGGAUCAGGAGUAACAUCUUUUCCCAAAAUUCGCCUCAACCGCAGUGCAGAUGUGUAGCUGUCUCAAACAAAUGCUAAUCGGAGUUGGAGUCUUUGUAAGGCAUGUGCUGAAAACAAAGUUUUCACACAUGACGUGAAAAUGUCUUAUCAGACUGAGAUUUGACAAAUUACCUUUCACCACUAUGACAACGUCUGUGAUGUCAUUAAGACACGGCUGGUAUAAGGCAGUGGCUCGUCCAUUGGAUCACUGUCAGUGGGAACCACACAUGUCAGAGCUACGUCUUCAGCAUCUUCAGUCAAAUGUUUAGUCUCCCACACAGCCUGAGAAGACUCUAAUACAGGGGUGUCAAACUCAGUUCCUGGAGGGCCGGAGCCCUGCAGAGUUUAGCUUCAACCCUAAUUAAACACACCUGAUCCAGCUAAUCAAGUCCUUCAGGCUUAUUUGAAAACUACAUGGUUUGUGUGUUGGAGCAGGGUUGGAAAAAAACUCUGCAGGAGAACUGAGUUUGACACCCCUGCUCUAAUACAUUCUCUGUAUUGCUUAAAAUACUUUAUUAUUAUGUAUGUACUGAGUUCAGGUGUAAUUGCACUAGCGUUCAAAAGUUUGGGGUUGUUAAGAUUUUUUUAGUCACUUAUGCUCUUGUCUGUUAUGCUCACCAAGACUGAAUUUAUUUGAUGAAAAAAUACAGUAAAAACAAUAAUAUUGUAAGAUAUUGUCUAUUUUAAUAUAUUUUAAUUUAUUUCUGUGAUGGCAAAGCUGAAUUUUCAGCAGCCAUUACUCCAUGUGUCACAUGAUCCUUUAGAAAUCAUCCUAAUAUUUGAUUUGGUGAUUUGGUGCUCAAGAAACAUUUCUUAUUAUUGUCAAUGUUCAAAACUGUUUUGCUGUUUAAUAUUUUGUGGAAACCAUGAUGGUUGGUUUUCAGGAUUCUUUGAUGAAUAUGAGUUUAAAAGGACAGAAUUUAUAUAAUAGAAAUCUACAGUAACAAUGUAAAAGUCUUUACUUGCUUGUUUCCACCAUGGGAUAAAAAAGGAAAUUGCAAAUAUUAUCUCACAUUUCAUAGUUUUUUUCUCACAAUUUUGAUUUUAUAUCUCACAAUUUACACUUGUUUCUAAAAAUUGUGAGAUUUAAACUAGAAAUUCUGAGAAAACCUGUACGAACUGUGAGAUAUAAACUUACGUUGGUGAGAACAUGAUUCAGAAUUGUAAGAUUAAAAGUUGUAAUACCUUUUUUAUUAAUUUAAUUGCUUUAGUUUUGUUUUGUUUUUUACUCCAUGGUGAAAACUGGCCUCUAUACUUUACUUUCACAUUUGAUCGGUUUAGGUGUCCUUGAUUAAUAAAAGAAUUAAAUUCUUCCUUUUAAAAAAAUUAUAUAUAAAUAAAAAAAAAAAAUCUUACCAACCCCAAGCUUUUAAAUGGUAGCAUUAUGUCCAACAUCUGUAAAAAUCUGUGCUAUGCUCUGUUGUUUUAACAGAAACACAAGACCAUGAUAAAAGUGAGAAAUAAGCAUAUAGAACUGGUUCAGGAUUGGUUUUUUUUGUUGUUUUUUUAAGAGCUGCUUAAAAGCCAAAGAACCUGGACCACAGCGAGUCAGAAACCAGAGCAAAGUUCAAGCUCUUCUGAAAUGGUUUUAAGAAUUUCCAAAACAGGUCUGACACCUACUGGAGGAUAUAUGUAAAAGCGGGCCAGUGCAUACAUGUGCUGUCAGAUCAGAUUCUGCAUUGCCAUUAUGAAUGUAACUAAGUGCCAAGAGUCAAACUGCAUGUGCUUGCUUUGGAUGCAUUUAUACUAGUAGGCUGAAAUGUAUAUGUUCCAGCGUACUGCAGCUAUCAUACGUUCACCUCCGCAAGAAACUGGCUAUAUUCAGAAUAGAAGAAUAAUGUACUGCUUACUGUGCAGUAUAUACCGCCUACUCUUUUUAAAAUAGAAUGUGAAACAGUACACAGUAUGAGAAUGCAUCAAUAAACACUUAUAAACAUAGUGUGCUGCAUUGUUUUCAUAUGACUUCACCACAAAGAAGUGGUUGAUACAGCUUCUGGUUUAUUUGUCACACUGAAAAUGAAGCUCACAUUAGGUGCAUGAGUGCAUAGUAUAGUGAUGUAAAUGUUUUCAGUUCCCAAUUAAUAGAGGGCAUUUUACAUAAAAAAUGUAUGUGCAUUCUCAUGGUGCUAUCUAACAAUCCAAGAAUGAUUAGUCUCAUGCUAUUUACAGCCCAAAUAAUUGGUUCAGAACAAAAACCUGAUGGGAAACAUAAGGAAAGAUGCCAGAUUUCCAAAACAGUGUAAAUGUAAAAUAAAUAAAUAAGAAUAAUAACACUGAGUACCUGUAAAAUAUGUACUAUAAUAAAAUCUUUUCAAUUUGUAUGUUCCUUACAAAAAAAAAAAAUCAGUUUCAAUUUUGUCACAUCUGGUUUUAAUAUACAACUAUUGAAUGGCCGUCAAUGGAGAAAGAUGCUUUUUACGCCCAGAUGGUGUAGUUACGCAAUCUACCAGAAUAUGACUUGCUAAAAAGGGGCCCCCUGAAAAAAGUUCAAGUUUUUUUCAUAAGUUUUGAAUAUAUAUUUAUUGUACAUUGUCAGUUUCCUUUCAGCAGUUUCAGAUUAUGUAUAUCACGCUCUGCAUGAUUGAUGUAGGAUUCUGAAUAAAUAACAAUGAAGUCAGGGAAUCACACUGCUGUUUGAAAUCAAAUUUUGUAUGGUUUCUUGAGAGUGAGUCGGUUUAGGGUUAGUAUUUUGAAGUCUUAACAUGUCUGGAACUGUACAUUACGGUGGCCGAGAGAGCUCAACACUCUGCAAAUAGA